AUGGCUGAUUCAACUCCUCUACUCUCAAAUUCUCCUUCAACUAAGAAUUACCAAGAUCAAGAAUUUCCAAAGCUAAAUGAUCAUUCUUCACUUGAAGAAAUAAUAGAGCCAUUUUUUGGGAGUUGUGGAAUUGCAUGGCCACAAAUCUUGCAAGUCAUGCUUGUUUCUCUGGCUUGUUUCUUUGAGGCUCAACAAACAUUUAUCACAAUUUUUACUGAUGCAAUCCCAUCAUGGCAUUGCACAACACUUAAUAACACAAGUUGCAACCCAAAGUCUAAUGUGUGUCAACUUUCUUACACAGAAUGGAAUUGGGAUAAGCCUAUGUACACAUCCAUUGUAUCUGAAUGGUCACUUCAUUGUUCUGAUAAUCCUAUACUACAAGGCCUUCCAGCUUCAUCUUUUUUCAUGGGAUGCUUGCUUGGUGGCCUAGUUCUUGCCUUGAGAUUUCUAAGUGGAUAUGGCCGCGCAGCGAUUGGAUCCUGUGUUCUUGUGUUAUGUUCUGAGAGUGUCGCUAUAAAAUAUCAAGACCAAGUGGGAACUAUAGGAUUCUUUAUGUCUACAUUUGGAUUUGUGUCAUUACCAGAACCAAUUUUAAAUCUUGAUCACAAGAAGUUGAAUAUUACUACUAGUGGUUCUAAUCAACCACUACUCAAGAUUUUGUUGAGGAAAAGAUGGAUUCUUGGACAGCUAUUGCUAGCUUUGGCAGCUGGUUUUGGCAUUGGAUUGAUGUACUAUGGCAUGCCAUUAGGACUUGGAAAUGGCAACUUUAGCUUAAAUCUCUACUUGAGUACUGGACUAAACGCGUUGCUAGAGUUACCAGCAUUCUUGAUAGUCUUUUUCUUGGUAGAAAAAUGCAAGAGGAGAAGCACUCUAGUUGGACUAAGUAUUUUAUCAGGUGUUUGUGGCAUGUUAUGCACGAUGGCUGGCGAAUGGAAGAUCUUACAGCUAGUAUUGGAGUUAACUUCAUUUUUCAGUGCUUGUACUUUAUUUGAUCUAUUGCUGAUAUACACUGCAGAGUUGUUCCCUACUAGCAUAAUGAAUGCCACUGUGUCAAUUGUCUGGCAGGCUGUGGUGCUCGGGGGUGUGGUGAGUCCGGUUAUGGUUGAUGCAGGAGGCGAUAGAAACAAGAUUUUACCAUAUUUGGUGCUUGGAAUUAUGACAUCAAUUGCAGGUUUCUUUGGUCAUUUUUCUGCCAGAAACAAAGGGAUUGGAGAUUUCUAA